UGGCGUUGACGGUAGAGCAUAGGUGGAAAGUUUACAGAACUUUGUUAUUGUGGCUCCAUUUUUGUGUGUGGACGACCCUGCAAGCCCACCUCCUCUCACAAUAUACACCAGAUUACCCCGUCUUUGUCUCAGUUUGAAGAUGAUGUAUAAAUGUGGAGGCUAAAGACAGCCGAUUCAAGCAUUUGGGUCACUGAAAGAUAAUGAAUCCAGUAACCACUUCAGUAGAUGACCUCCAAGCUGCCAUGAGUUACUUAAGAAAUAGACUGGGACCAAAUGGAUCAGUAUCAGUGUUUUUAGUCCCAAAGAUACCAAGUAAGAAUACUAAUUUGAACAAAAACUCACAAUCUAGAACUGAUGACAUGGAAAAUAAAAGACCAGAGCCUGAUUUAAAAGAUUCUGAUGCUGUACGCAUCUGUGGUGAAGUCAUUACCAUCAGUGAACCUGUCCCUAUAUCAAGUAGCCUUUCUUCAGAGACCAUCCCAGUUUCUGCAACAAAUUCAAAUGUUAAUUUACCAGAUAUACAAAGGUCUAACAUGGAUGAACCACAGUCGUCCUCUGCCACUACAAACAACAAAUCAAGGGACCAUAGCUUAAACAUUUCGUCUGAGACAAAAGUCAUGUCUGUGGAAAAUAGCAAAGAUGUGUCAAAACUUGAUGAGAAAACAUCAGACAAAAACCAUACUAACUCUUCGAAUGACCCUCAGCAGCUGCAGCAAAAGGUGAAUUCUGACAGUCAGCACCCUCAACAUAAGCUGGAUUCUUCUUACCAUCUGUCUGCCACUAGAAAUGCAUCAAAUAGUCCAUCUACACCAGGAAAGCAAGUAAGUGACACACCUUCAAUUGUGAAGGUGUCAGGCUCUGAUGUGGAAUUCUUGGAUUCUUCUGCAAAGGAGAGAUUGAGUGCUUCUGAAAAGGAAAGAGUGGGCUCUGUGAAGGAAGGAGUGGGCUUUGUGGAGGGAGUGAACUCUGUGAAGGAAGGAGUGGGCUUUGUGAAGGAGGGAGUGGACACUGUGAAGGAUGGAGUGGGCUCUUCUGCUAAGGAGGGAAUGGACUCUUCUGGGAAGGUUUUUGGCAUUUCUGGGAUGAGUGAUAAUGUCUUGAUUGCAUCCCAGAAUUAUCAUUCUGCAAGGGCUCGAAGGUAUAACUUGAGACACUCUGUGCAUCAACCAGUUCGGUUCUCAUCAAUUGUGCCAACACAUUUUCAACAGGGAAAGAUUGUCAAGACUAGGAAGAGGAAAGUACUUACCAUCACAUUACCACCACUUCCACAGAUUACUGAGAGUGAGCUUCUAAGCCUAUUUUAUUCAUUAGCAAAGAUUCAUAAAUGUGAGAUGAAAAUAGAUGGUUCAACAGUCAAUGAAGCUAGACUACAUACUCAAAGAAAACCGCUAUCAUGUAUUCCACAUCAGCUAGAACCCAGCAAGAACUUGAACAAUUUCUCUGUCUCUAAUGAUAAUGGCCAUUACCAUACUACAACUGCCUCAAAUAAUGGGAAUAAUGAAAUCAGCCCAUGUAAUUCUAUUAAUAAUUUAAUUGAAAGGUUGGAAUCUCAUGGCACUCGUCUUACAGUAACUCGUGAUGUCUCACACAUGAGUAACAAUGAUGUAGAUCUUCUAUCUCUCUAUCCAGAGAUUGUCAUGGGCAGUCCAUCCGCUCAUACAAGCAUAGCUUUCAACAGGUAUUAAUACUCCAAAACAAAUAAUAGCACAACCUUAAUGGCUGUGUCUAGUCUUGCAGUAAAUGCUAUGAAUAUAUGGUCUCAGUAAAUGUCAGAGUCAUUUUCUCUAAAGGAAUGCCCCAAAAGAAAGGUUAAAAGUACUUCAACCAAAUGCAGAAUGUUUCCAGAUUACAUCCUUUCUAACUUCCUAACCUAACAAAGUGGAACUGCAAGGAGCAUCAGCAAAGACAAUUGCAUUGAUGCAAAGGUUCAGCACACUGAAUGGAUAGUGUUUUAAUCCUAAGGUAUCUGUUAUAUAGCUUAUCUAACAACCAUGCUUGCCAUUUGGUACCUGAUGGUUUCUGUCUCUCUCUCACACACACACACAUAUCUCUGCAACCACAAAUUGGUGAACGAACGAAUGAAUGCACACACACACACACACACACACACACACACACACACACACACUCUCUCUCUCUAUCUCUCUCUCUACACACACAUUGCACAAA